GGGGGCGCCCCCGCACCACGUGGUUUCCGUUCUACCGUUAUUCCCCAGCAGAAGAAGAAGCGCCACUACCACCGUGUCCUUGUGCAGCGGAGACUAAAACCAGGAUAAACAUGUUCAGAACCGCCACGGUCGUGCACCAGGCGGUGAGGAGGAGUUUCUGCAGCUCCAGCCGGAGACAGAUGGAGAACAAGGUCCCGGAGAAGCAGAGACUGUUCCAGGAGGACAACGGGGUUCCGGUCCACCUGAAAGGAGGAUCAGGAGACGCUCUGCUGUACAGAACCACCAUGGCCCUGACCGUCCUCGGCGUGGGCUACGUCUUCUACGAGCUGGUGAAGGCGGCGUUUCCCAAGAAGAACUAACGACCACCGACCCGUUUACGUCCAGGUUCAGGAACCAACACCCACAUUCCUCCUCCGGCCCGCUAGCCGGCCCGCUAGCCGGCCCGCUAGCCGGCCCGCUAGCCGGCCCGGCUACGCUGUACUGUUGCUCUCUAUGGGAUGAUAAAUUAUUUCUGUUGACCAAUAAACCCCCGUGUUCACCUGUCA